AUGGAAUUGAACUUUCAAAACUAUGAGUUCUCAUCUUCAUCUUCAUCGUCUUCCAAGAAAGGCCGAUUCGGCAGCACAAAUGGCCGGAAUUCGAGUAGAAACAAGUUUGUCGGUGUUAGACAGCGGCCCUCCGGCAAAUGGGUGGCGGAAAUCAAAAACACCACUCAGAAAAUCCGGAUGUGGCUAGGGACUUUCGACACGGCGGAAGAAGCCGCCAGAGCCUACGAUGAGGCGGCGUAUUUACUCCGAGGAGCCAACGCCAGAACCAAUUUCAUCCAUCAUGUGCCGAUCAAUUCUGCUCUCUCUCUCAAAAUCCGAAACUUGCUUAAUCACAAGAAAUGCCUUCGACAAAACGCCACCGCCAAAAACACCACCACAACCACAACCACAACCCAAACAAGUACUCCGGUGACCCCGCGACGUGAUUCAGUGAGUUGUACGGUACAAGUCAACAAUGCAAAGAAGGAAAAUUUCUCAUCUGGGUAUCAAGGAAUUGAGGUGUUUGAUGAUGGGUAUAAGCCAGAUUUGACGAAUUGCACUGGGAGUGUCGAGAUCGGCGAUUCAGGGCCAAUUUCGAAAAAGAGUGAUGAAGAUGGCGAAAGUACGAGCGAUUUCGAGAGGAUGAAGGUGGAGAGACAGAUAUCGGCAUCAUUGUACGCCAUGAAUGGGGUGAAUGAGUACUGGGAUAAUGUUCUUCAUGAUUGCGGCGAUGGUGGUUCGUAUUGGGAUCUACCAUUGUUGUCUCAGAUGUUCUGCCCAAUCACUUAG